AAAACCAAAGCGCUCAAAUUGAAAUUCCCCUGACGUUUUAAGAAAGAUAUAGAUCGCGAAAAUUUUUGAAAAUUGCUAUUCAGUGAACGCAAGUUACACAAUCGAUUAAAAAUCAUUGCAUAAAUUAAUUUUCUUAUCAUAUUAAGUCGCUUAAGCGUGAAAAAUAAUUGUCAAAGAUGGAAAAAUCUAAAUUUGAAAAUUCUGAACACUUAUAGUUGUAUUAGUAAUAUUUUAUAAAAGCGAAAAAAGUUUUUAUAUACCGAAAAAAGUAAAGAAAAAGAACAAAAUCUUAUACUGGGUGUUUGCAAAUAAACAAUUAGAGACUUGUGCUUGUAUAGUGCGAAUAAAAACAAAAAUAUUUUUAUAUAUUGGCGCGAGAUAUCCCUGACAAAAAUCAGAACAAAAAGUAAAAAAAAAAUAUUUUUCAAUAAAAAAGAGUUGUAUAAAAAUAGAAGCAGCUGAAAUUGCUUUCAGAGAUCAGCUGUACGAAAAAAAUUCACACAAUAAAAAAUCGUUUAAUUGUGUAAUGUCCUUGGAAGUAGAAGCAACUCAAAAUAAAAACAAAUCAAAAGUGCGUGUACAACAAAGUAACAUUCAAUUCAAAAAGAGAAUAAGUGUACAUCCUGCUAGUAUGUUCAGAAUAAAGAAGAACUUGAUAAAAUCACCCAAAAUGGUAAAAUACUCUAGUGCCGGAGUACUAAGUUGCUUAAGACUCUUUUAAAUGAAUUAAUUGCAUAUCCUUGCAUUAAUUUGAUAUAAAAAAGUUUAAAAGUAAAGUUAAUUAUAACAAAAAAGUUUGCAUCGUAAAAGGUUUUUAAACCAAAUUCGAAAGUUUGCUGCAACAAAAUCAAAGUAAAAAGAAAAUUUGAAAAUAGUGAAGUGUGUGGUAAAUAAGAAGAACUCACACAAAUUAAGUCGAAAAGGAAACGAAACAAAAAAAAGUCGCUUAAGCAAGAAUUUAAUAGAGAUCAGAAACAAGAAAUCAACUAAAGAUGAAGCUUUUGGAAUCAACUCGUUUUGAAGCGAUUAACAGCGCAUUGACUAUUCAAACUGGUGACUCAACAAUCUUUGGUCGUAUCGAGAGUUACAGCUGCAAGAUGGCAGGAAAUGAUAAACAGCUAUACAAGCGUUUUGUAACUCCCGAUACACCAUCCAGUGAUUUGCAAGCAUUGUCUCCACCGCAGACAUUCAUGGACAUGUCUCCAUUCUUUGGUCGUGGAAGCUACUCGGGAGAUGAAGGUGUAACUUUGUGUGAUACAAUCUCACGCAAAACACUUUUCUAUCUUGUUGCUACUCUAAACUCUGCAUUUGAGCCUGAUUAUGAUUUUUCAGAUGCCAAGAGUCACGAAUUUAGCAAAGAGCCUUCCAUACAGUUGAUAAUGAAUCAUAUCGAUUCAAACUUAUCAGCUGUUGCUAGUGACCAGUAUAAGAACUUGCAGAUUCCUUUAUGGACAACGAUUGACGAUGAAAUUCAGUUGAAUGAUUGUGACAUUUACAGCUACAAUCCUGAUUUGAACUCGGAUCCAUUCAGCGAACCUGGAUGUUUGUGGAGUUUCAAUUACUUCUUUUAUAACAAGAAGAUGAAGAGAAUUGUGUUCUUUACAUGUCGUGCUGUUAAGUAAGUUCACAAGAAAUUAUAAUUUUAAUGCUUUAUUCUCAUUAAAUUGUGUAAGUCUAUUUUGGCAUAAACAGCCUUUUCUAAAAAUAAUCAACACUUUACACACAAUUUCUGCUGCUGCUUUAUUUUGUUUUUCAAAUUUUUUUGUUUUUGGUUUACGUGAGAUCAUAUACCUCCGUAAAGUUUCUCUAUACUUCAUCAUUUUUGAGUGUAUUGAGGCUAUAAAGAAGAAAACUUACACACGAAUCGAAAGCGCGAUAAUGAACAGUUUUAUUUUGUUUAAUAAUAAAUGCUCUUUGCAAAAAACAAUCGGUGAAUGUAUAACAUCUAUCGGCAGCAGUAAAUGGUCCAAAUACAAGCUGCACAAGUGACUUUGCAAUGGAAGAAGAUGACAACUUCUUCUAAAUGAUGAGUGAUUGGAAGGAACAAUAGCAACAUCAUCCACAUAAUUAUUCAUCAACCUUAUUCGAUAUUCAACUAUUCGAUUCAAAAAAAAUCAAAUUUUCAAAUUUUUUCUUUUAAAUAUUUUUGAUUGUCAUUUCGGAUUUAGUUUAAGACCGUGCAUGUAGUCGAUGGAUGAUGGCAGGUGAGAGCUGUGCGUGACACAUCAUCUAUCUGACUUGUGCGCGAUGCUGGCAAAUAAGCUGCUGAUUAAUUUCUAGACUUAAGAUUUCUUCAAAUCAAAUUGCAUACUGCUUUCUUAUAUUAGAUUAAUAGAUUAAACUUACAAUUUUAAUGGACGUAGAAAAUAACAAGUGUUAUAGAUCUUGACUAUAUCUUUAAUCUGACGAUGGUUAAUUACAUCAAUUAAUAUCAAAAUUUAGGUUUUAAGUAUCAAUAUCUCUUAUGACUAAAGUAAAUCAGAGUUAAUGUGGAAAUGAGACAAAUCACUUUUAUCUUAUAAUAUAAUCACAAUUAUGACAGGACAGGACAGGAGAAAAGAAAAGAAUUCACUAACAUUAUUUUAUCUACUCUCACAAAACAUUCUCUGAUAAACUUGAGUCAAUCAGCAGCUCAUUUUGCCCCUGUUUUUGUUUGCGCUCGACUAUUUAUUUGAUAUAAAAACAAACAUAAAGAUCUCAAUCACUUUUAUGACGUAUAAAAAUAAUGGUGCAAACAUUAACAGUCAUUGUGGUUCACUCAAUGGAGCAGGGUGACAAUUCGUCACAUGUGAGAACUGUUUUAUUGACUGAGCAGCCUAGGUUUAAGAUAACUUUUUAAUUUUGUGUCUUCUUUUUUUUAUCAAUUUUUCGUUUAUUAUUCAAUUUAUUUUUAACUAUUAAUUUUUUGACAUAAACAAUUUAUGAGACGAUACGACCAGGAAAACAAAAUGAAUGUUAGAGCUUGCUCAAAGUCCAUUCAAAUAUUUGCACUAGAAUUCAUGAUAUUCUGCACACGCUUACACAAAGAUAUUCCAAUGCCAUCAGACUCACUUUUAAUGUUAAAACAAGGCUAAUUAUGACGAGAUUUGGUCUAUGAAAAGUGAAUAAGAUGAACUCGAAUGACUUGAUAUUGUGAUGCAAAUUCAGCAUGAUAUAAGUUGCACAACUUUAUUAUCAAUAAAACUGACUUUUGUUUAGAAUAAAGUUUUAUAUUUAAACAUGCAAACUGAAGUAAUCAGCCUUAAAUAAAUCGAUUAAUUGAAUUAAUGGUUAAAUGACUCAAAUUUGAAUCAGAGUCUAAGUGGAUUUCAAACUAUUCUUUAUUUAUUUAAACUGAUUUACUUCUUUAAGUCAUUAUAAUUGGACGAAAUAACUUAAUUGGCUUUAAUAUUCAUUUUGUUUAUGGAAUUUGAGAAGUUAAUAUUAGUGAGGAAAGCAAGGAUUUAAUUUUUGAAGCUAGCAAAUUGUUAAGGACGAGAAAUUUCAGCGGACACAGCACACGAGUGAAAAACUCUGGAUGUGAUAAAAAUAUUCUUUGUGAUACUGAAUCGAAUCUGCUAUGAAACAGCUAGGUCUACUUCUUAAUGAUAUAACUGACUCUUGCGCAAGCAAUGGUCUAUAUUUUUCAAAAUAAAUAGCAAGUUCAAGGUUUAUCAAUCAGACGAAUGACCUUCAAUAAAAUAUUUCGUCUAAUUCACUCGUGUGUGUUCUGUAUGAUAAUUUUUUGCUUACCUAUAUCAAUUUAAUUUGGGAACUGAGAAUUAAGUAAUAAUUUUGAUUUGAUCGAAAUUUAGCAAGGAACAGAUUUAAUAAUACACAAAAGUUAAUUCAUAUAAGUGUCUAAAAAAAUGGCAUUAUUCGAGAAACAAAACAAUUAAAAUUAAUAUUAAACGAACAGAAAUUACGAAAAAAAAAGUUUAUUUAUGUAGAUCUACUUUAUACCUUAC